AUGCGAAUUACAAGAGCCAAAGAGAACGAGGUCGAGGCCAAGAUCGUGGGCAUGGACGAGGACAUGGAGGAGAAGGAAGAGGCGGUUACAACAAAUACUCUAACAAUGGAGAAAGAAGUUGGAAUCCACAAAUUCUCGAAAAAGGUUGUGGAGAAAGCUAACUUUGUAGAAGAAAAAGGUGGAGAAGAAAAAACUUUGUUUCUCGCGUGUCAAAACCAAGUUGAAGAGAAAAGAAACAAAUGGUACCUCGACACCGGUGCAAGCAAUCACAUGUGCGGCGAUCGAAGCAUGUUCGUAGAGAUCAAUGAAGCGACAACUGGCAAUGUCUCAUUUGGAGAUGACUUAAAGAUACCAAUCAAAGGCAAAGGUAAAAUUAUUAUACGCUUGAAGAAUGGGAGUCAUCAAUUCAUAUCUAAUGUCUAUUAUGUUCCUAACAUGAAGAAUAAUAUUUUGAGCUUGGGACAAUUAUUAAAGAAAGGUUAUGACAUCCACUUGAAAGAACAUAGUCUUUUCUUAAGAGAUUGUAGACAUAACUUGAUUGCUAAGGUGCAUAUGUCAAAGAAUAGAAUAUACCUCUUGAACAUUCAAAAUGAUGUUGCAAAGUGUCUCAAGACUUUCUAUACCGACUCUUCGUGGCUAUGGCAUCUUUGA